UUGUCCUUCUUAAGAUAGUAGUAGCAUUGGCCAGUGCUGAGCCUGAAUUCUACCAAUCCUCUUCAUCGGGAGUGCUCUCUGUUAAGCUGCAGCCAUGUCAUCUGACAGUGAGAUGGCAGCUUUUGGGGUUGCCGCCUCCUUUCUUCGCAAGUCAGAGAAAGAGAGAAUUGAAGCUCAAAACAAGCCCUUUGAUGCCAAGACAUCCGUCUUCGUAGUGGAUCCUAAGGUUUCCUUUGUAAAAGGUGUUAUCCAGAGCAAGGAAGCGGGGAAAGUCACAGUUAAGAAAGAAGGUGGAGAGUCCGUGACUGUUAAAGAUGACCAAGUCUUUCCUAUGAACCCACCCAAAUUUGACAAAAUUGAGGACAUGGCCAUGAUGACCCACCUCAAUGAACCUGCUGUCCUGUAUAAUCUCAAAGAGCGUUAUGCAGCCUGGAUGAUUUAUACCUAUUCAGGUCUCUUCUGUGUCACUGUCAAUCCCUACAAGUGGUUGCCAGUGUACAACCCAGAGGUGGUUAAUGCAUACAGGGGGAAAAAGCGUCAAGAGGCCCCUCCCCACAUCUUCUCCAUUUCUGACAAUGCGUAUCAGUCCAUGUUAACUGAUCGUGAGAAUCAGUCAAUCCUGAUCACUGGAGAAUCUGGUGCUGGAAAGACUGUGAACACGAAACGUGUCAUUCAGUACUUCGCGACAAUUGCUGCAGCUUCUGACAAGAAGAAGGAGGAACCACAGCAAACUGGCAAGUUAAAGGGCACCCUUGAAGAUCAAAUCAUCAGUGCCAAUCCCUUGUUGGAAGCUUUUGGAAAUGCCAAGACUGUGAGGAAUGACAAUUCAUCUCGCUUUGGCAAAUUCAUCAGAAUCCAUUUUGGUGCCACUGGCAAACUGGCUUCUGCAGACAUUGAGACAUAUCUGCUGGAGAAGUCCAGAGUUACCUUCCAGCUCAAGGCUGAAAGAAGCUACCAUAUCUUUUAUCAGAUCAUGUCCAACAAGAAGCCAGAACUGAUCGAGAUGCUUUUGAUUACUACCAACCCAUAUGACUAUCAUUUUGUCAGCCAGGGUGAAAUCACUGUUGCCAGCAUUAAUGAUCAGGAAGAGCUGAUGGCAACUGAUGAAGCCAUAGACAUCCUGGGCUUCACAGCUGAGGAAAAGACAGCCAUUUACAAGCUGACAGGAGCCGUCAUGCACUACGGGAACAUGAAGUUCAAGCAGAAGCAGAGAGAGGAACAGGCCGAGCCAGACGGCACGGAAGUUGCUGACAAGGCUGCCUACCUCAUGAAUCUCAACUCAGCAGAUCUGUUGAAAGCUCUGUGCUAUCCCAGAGUCAAGGUUGGCAAUGAAUAUGUCACCAAAGGCCAAACUGUCCAACAGGUCUACAAUAAUGUUGGUGCUCUGGGUAAGGCCGUCUAUGAGAAGAUGUUCUUGUGGAUGGUCAUUCGCAUCAACCAACAGUUGGAUACCAAACAAGCCAGACAAUAUUUCAUUGGUGUGCUGGACAUUGCUGGCUUUGAGAUCUUUGAUUACAACAGCUUGGAGCAGCUCUGCAUCAAUUUCACCAAUGAGAAAUUGCAACAGUUUUUUAACCAUCACAUGUUUGUCCUGGAGCAAGAAGAGUACAAGAAAGAAGGAAUUGAAUGGGAGUUUAUUGAUUUUGGGAUGGACCUGGCUGCCUGCAUAGAGCUCAUUGAAAAGCCAAUGGGCAUUUUUUCCAUCCUGGAAGAAGAAUGUAUGUUCCCCAAGGCAACAGAUACAUCCUUCAAAAACAAACUUUAUGACCAGCAUCUUGGCAAAUCAAACAACUUCCAGAAACCCAAGCCUGCCAAAGGCAAGGCUGAGGCCCACUUUGCCUUGGUACACUAUGCUGGCACUGUGGAUUAUAAUAUCAGUGGCUGGUUGGAGAAGAACAAGGAUCCCUUGAAUGACACUGUAGUGGGGCUCUACCAGAAAUCCUCAAUGAAGACAUUAGCUUUGUUGUUUGCUGAUCGCCCUGCAGAAGAGGGCAAGAAGGCUGCCAAGAAGAAGGGUUCUUCUUUCCAGACUGUCUCUGCACUUUUCAGGGAGAACUUAAACAAACUGAUGAGCAAUCUGAGAAGUACUCACCCACACUUUGUACGUUGCAUUAUUCCCAAUGAAACAAAAACGCCUGGUGCUAUGGAUCAUGACCUUGUGCUACAUCAGCUGAGGUGCAAUGGUGUGCUGGAAGGCAUCCGCAUUUGCAGAAAGGGAUUUCCCAGUAGGAUCAUUUAUGCUGAUUUCAAACAGAGAUACAAAGUUCUAAAUGCAAGUGCCAUUCCAGAGGGCCAGUUCAUUGAUAGCAAGAAAGCUUCUGAGAAACUUCUUGGAUCCAUUGAUGUGGACCACACCCAGUAUAAAUUUGGACACACCAAGGUGUUCUUUAAGGCUGGUCUUUUGGGUCUUCUUGAAGAAAUGAGAGAUGAAAAGUUGGCCCAUCUGAUAACACGCACACAAGCUAUGUGCCGUGGUUUCUUAUCAAGGGUAGAAUAUCAGAAAAUGUUACAAAGGAGGGAGGCGAUCUUCACUCUUCAGUACAAUAUCCGCUCAUUCAUGAAUGUCAAACAUUGGCCAUGGAUGAAACUGUACUUCAAGAUCAAACCUUUGCUAAAGAGUGCUGAAUCAGAAAAAGAAAUGGCCACCAUGAAGGAAGAGUUUGAGAAAACAAAGGAGGAGCUUGCGAAGUCAGAGGCUAAGCGGAAGGAACUUGAAGAAAAAAUGGUGUCUCUGAUACAAGAGAAGAAUGACUUGCAACUCCAAGUCCAAGCUGAAUCUGAUGGCUUGGCGGAUGCUGAGGAGAGAUGUGACCAGCUCAUCAAAACCAAAAUCCAGCUGGAAGCUAAAAUUAAGGAGCUGACUGAGCGGGCUGAAGAUGAAGAAGAAAUGAAUGCUGAGUUGACAGCCAAGAAGAGGAAACUGGAGGACGAAUGCUCAGAACUGAAGAAAGACAUUGAUGAUCUUGAGCUGACAUUGGCCAAGGUGGAAAAGGAGAAGCAUGCUACAGAAAACAAGGUGAAAAACCUUACCGAAGAGAUGGCGGUCUUGGACGAGACCAUUGCCAAACUGACCAAGGAGAAGAAAGCCCUGCAAGAGGCCCAUCAACAGACCUUGGAUGAUCUGCAGGCAGAGGAGGACAAAGUGAACACUCUGACCAAAGCAAAGACCAAGCUGGAGCAGCAGGUGGAUGAUCUUGAAGGGUCUCUGGAGCAAGAAAAGAAACUUCGCAUGGACCUUGAAAGAGCUAAGAGGAAGCUAGAAGGGGAUUUGAAGCUAGCUCAGGAAUCUACAAUGGAUUUGGAAAAUGAUAAGCAGCAGCUGGAUGAAAAACUGAAGAAGAAAGACUUUGAAAUCAAUCAGCUCCAGAGCAGGAUUGAAGAUGAGCAGGUCCUGGGUGCCCAGCUUCAGAAGAAAAUCAAGGAGUUGCAGGCUCGUAUUGAGGAACUGGAAGAGGAGAUUGAGGCAGAACGGGCAUCUCGUGCCAAAGCAGAGAAACAGCGGGCUGAUCUCUCCAGGGAACUUGAAGAGAUCAGUGAGCGUCUGGAAGAAGCUGGUGGAGCAACUGUAGCUCAGAUUGAGAUGAACAAGAAACGUGAGGCAGAAUUUCAGAAAAUGCGUCGGGACCUUGAAGAGGCCACAUUGCAGCAUGAAGCCACGGCUGCUGCCCUCCGCAAGAAGCACGCAGACAGUGCAGCUGAACUUGGGGAACAAAUUGAUAACCUGCAGCGAGUGAAGCAGAAGCUGGAGAAGGAGAAGAGUGAACUGAAGAUGGAGAUUGAUGAUCUUGCAAGCAAUAUGGAAUCUGUCUCUAAAGCUAAGGCCAAUCUUGAAAAGAUGUGCCGCACACUAGAAGAUCAGCUAAGCGAAUUUAAAACAAAGGACGAAGAGCAUAUGCGUACUAUUAAUGACAUAAAUGCUCAAAGGGCUCGCCUACAAACAGAAGCAGGUGAGCUCUCACGACAGGUGGAAGAAAAAGACUCUUUGAUUUCCCAGCUCUCCAGAAGCAAGCAAGCUUUUACUCAACAAAUUGAGGAACUGAAGCGACAACUUGAGGAAGAGAUAAAGGCCAAGAAUGCCCUGGCUCACGGCUUGCAAUCUGCUCGACAUGACUGUGAUCUCCUUCGAGAGCAGUAUGAAGAGGAGCAGGAAGCCAAGGCAGAGCUACAACGUGCCCUGUCCAAGGCAAAUAGUGAAGUUGCCACAUGGAGAACAAAAUAUGAGACUGAUGCCAUUCAGCGGACUGAGGAACUGGAGGAGGCUAAGAAAAAGCUUGCUCAGCGUCUGCAAGAAGCUGAGGAACAUGUAGAAGCUGUGAAUUCCAAAUGUGCUUCCCUGGAGAAGACCAAGCAGAGGUUGCAGAAUGAAGUGGAGGACCUGAUGAUUGAUGUGGAAAGGUCCAAUGCAGCUUGUGCAGCUCUAGAUAAGAAACAGAAGAACUUUGAUAAGAUUCUGGCAGACUGGAAACAAAAAUACGAGGAGACACAGUCUGAACUGGAAGCUUCCCAGAAGGAAUCUAGGUCUCUGAGCACAGAGCUCUUCAAGAUGAAGAAUGCGUAUGAAGAAUCCUUGGAUCAACUGGAAACCCUGAAGCGUGAAAACAAAAACUUGCAACAGGAGAUUUCUGAUCUCACGGAGCAAGUGGCUGAGGGCGGAAAAGUUAUUCAUGAACUGGAGAAAGUGAAGAAGCAGAUUGAGCAAGAGAAAGGAGAUAUCCAGAGUGCUCUAGAAGAAGCUGAGGCCUCACUGGAACACGAAGAGGGCAAACUCCUACGCAUCCAACUUGAGCUCAACCAAGUGAAAUCUGACAUCGACAGAAGAAUUGCAGAGAAGGAUGAAGAAAUUGAUCAGCUGAAGAGGAAUCACCUGAGAGUGGUAGAGUCCAUGCAGAGCACGCUGGAUGCUGAGAUUAGGAGCAGGAAUGAUGCCCUGCGGCUUAAGAAGAAGAUGGAGGGAGAUCUGAAUGAAAUGGAGAUCCAGCUCAACCAUGCCAACCGUCAAGCUGCUGAAACACUAAAGAACCUCCGGAACACACAAGGAGUGCUCAAGGAUACACAAAUACAUUUGGAUGAUGCUUUGAGAAGCCAGGAAGAUUUGAAGGAACAAGUGGCCAUGAUUGAGCGCAGAGCAAACCUGAUGCAGGCUGAGAUUGAGGAGCUCCGGGCAGCUCUGGAACAGACAGAGAGGGCCAGAAAAGUGGCUGAACAGGAGCUUCUGGAUGCCAGUGAACGUGUGCAGCUCCUCCACACACAAAACACCAGCCUGAUCAACACCAAGAAGAAGCUGGAAACAGAUAUUUCCCAGAUUCAGAGUGAAAUGGAGGAGACUAUUCAGGAGGCACGUAAUGCUGAAGAAAAGGCCAAGAAAGCCAUCACUGAUGCAGCCAUGAUGGCGGAAGAACUGAAGAAGGAACAAGACACCAGUGCCCAUCUUGAAAGGAUGAAGAAGAACCUGGACCAGAGUGUGAAGGAUCUGCAACACCGUCUUGAUGAGGCAGAGCAACUAGCCCUGAAAGGAGGGAAAAAACAGAUCCAGAAAUUGGAAGCUAGGGUUCGUGAGCUGGAGUCUGAGUUUGAGAAUGAGCAGAAGCGCAGUGCAGAUGCUAUCAAAGGUGUACGGAAAUAUGAGAGAAGAGUAAAGGAACUAACGUAUCAGUCUGAAGAAGACCGGAAGAAUGUUCUGAGGCUCCAGGAUCUGGUAGAUAAACUACAGCUUAAAGUGAAAGCAUACAAGAGACAAGCUGAAGAGGCGGAGGAACAAUCCAACGUGAACCUUUCCAAAUUCCGCAAGAUUCAGCAUGAGCUGGAAGAAGCUGAUGAACGGGCUGACAUUGCUGAGUCCCAGGUGAACAAACUCAGGGUGAAGAGCCGAGAAGUGCAUAAGAAGGUGAUUGUAAGCGAAGAAUAA